ACAUUGGAGGAGGAUGAAUCAGAGGAGGAUGAAUCAGAGAAGGAUGAAUCGGAGGAGAAUGAAUUGAAGAAGGAUGAAUUAGAGGAGGAGGAAGAUGAAUUAGAGGAGAAGGAUGAAUUAGAGGAGGGAGGAUAA